AGAUGGGGGUUCGGCCGUCCGCCGAUCCAGGGCUCGCUGGGGAGAUUGUUGCUAGGUUGCAUAUACCGAAGUUGUUAUGAUGGAGACCUAAUGUCCUCAUAUGGAGACUCGUUUAUACCACUGGGCCCAUGGAGCAGCAGAGACGCAUUAGUCGAGCUAGGGUGGAGAUAUGUGCCGCCCCCAGAGGUCUCUUGGCCACGGUGGUCUUGGAAACCUCUUUCCAAGCCAGAGCCAGAGCCAGAGCCAGAGCCAGAGCCAGAGCCAGAAGCCAGAAGCCGAGGCCGGAGACGCAGACGCAACCCGAAAAAGCAGAAUCAGAGAUUUUAGUGCUGACAGACGAUCAACAACGGUGGCGGAAGAGGGCAGUAGACAAGGCGCGAGGGGAGGGUACCAGGAGAAGCUUAAAGUAUGGAAUGGUGAGUGAUGUAUGUAAUUAGCAUGGAUAUAAUCUCACACCAACAAAGCGGAAAUAAUAGGAGUUUGGAACAAAAGCGAAUAGAGAUUAUAAUGUUAUACUCGGUACUGUGUUCCAAUUCCGUUUCGCCUUGU